GAUCCUAACCUGUCUACUCCUAAGCCCGACAUCUACUAUAGUGCUAAGCUAGCCCAGAUUAAUCGCCGCGUACGCCGCGACCUCGCCAAUUAUAUCGUCCUAUCUAGUCGUUCGAGCCUUCCGGCAGCCCCGAACUUCUUUCUAGAGGGCAAAAGUGCAUCGGGGAGGCCAGACGUUACACAGAAUCAAGCUAUGUAUAAUGGCGCUAUAGGAGCCCGCGGCAUGCUCCAGCUUCAAAAUUAUGGCCAACCCACUCUAAUAUACGAUGGCAACGCAUAUACCGUAACUUCUACGUACCAUCCAGGGACUGGUACCUUGCAAAUGUACGCCACACAUCCACGACCAUCUGUGGCACCUGCAGGCGAGCCGCAGUACUACAUGACGCAGCUGGGAGCAUACGCAAUGACUCACGCGCCAGACACCUUCCGCAAUGGUGCCUUAGCAUAUCGCAAUGCCCGAGAUUGGACACAGCAAGAAAGAGAUCGCCUGAUCGCUAGUGCAAAUGCAGCUGCGCAGAGAAUGUCGACAGACACGAGGUCCUUCAGCAGGACAAGCGAAAACAUAGGCUCAUCCACCAUGGCGAGAGAGUCCUCUGAAUCCGAUACCUCUGCUGACGAGCUCGCUAUUAAUCUCGAUGCUGCUACGAAGCGGCAGAAGAGGCCGACUACCCAACAUUAA